AUGCCUAACUCUCCCAGCUCCAAGGAAUAUACAAGCAGGAUAUAUCCUCGACGCCAUCUCCUUGCCCCCGUGUAAGUCAAAUCUCCACCCUCCCCAAGAUACCCUCCCCAAGAUAUCAACUCUUAGAGACUCGAAUCUUCAGCUCGCUACUUCUUCCAUUUGGAACCGACUGUGAUAACGAGAAUAUUAGCAGAGAAGAGGAACGCCCUCUACCUACAAUAGAAAUGGAUGAAAUCGAUACCACCGGUCUCGCAUCUCCCUCUAAAUCGAUGGCGUAUAUAUACAGCGAUACAGAUCUGUACCUUGAUUCUACGAAUACCUCUUCGACAACAUCUAGCCCGACGGAAUCACCGUAUAAUUUUACCUUCCAAGGGAUCUAUCCCAGUUCCGAGAAUGCAGACGGGUCAGGAGAAACAACCCAGCCAGACUCACAACAACCUCCUUCUAAGCCCGCGGCAAAGAGGAAGCGCGAGAACAGAUACAAAAACGCACCGCCCUCUGUCCUAUCUCGUCGAAGAGCUCAGAAUCGCGCAUCCCAAAGAGCCUACCGAGAGAGGAAGGACCAGCGUAUCAAGGACCUCGAAAUCUUGCUCGGCGAAGCCCAGAAAAGAAACGAUGUCCUCGGCCUCGCCUACUCCAACUUACAAGCAGAGUAUAUCAGGCUCAAGCGCGAACGCGAACGCGAUCAAGAAGCAGCUGCGAGAUACACACAGACUGCCCUGGUAUACGAUCCAACCAUAGACGCGACUUCGAACGAUAUGGAUUUAUUCCUCUACAGCGGUCCAUCAGGUUACUCCAUGUAAAACAGCGGGCCAACCAGUAUUUCAGACGGACUAGAUGCUUCCUAUGGUCUUUUACGUUCGGG